ACGAGUUUUCACAUCGACUACAAGAAGACAGCGGCGAAAAUUAGAAAAAAAUCGUGUUCGAGUUUUUCCAAUGAAAAUCGCGACCAAAUCGAUUUGUGCAUCUUUAAAUUUGUGAAAGUAUUUGUGAAACUUUUUUUUUUUAAUUGCUGAUAAAAAAAAACUUUGACAAUUUCCAAUUUGAAAGAUUUUUUCAUUAAACAUUAAACGUUGUCAACAUGGCUAAUUUGAUUCGACUUGUGGUUCACAAUUAUAACGAAGUUGUAAAUAACAUAAAAGAUCCAACGGUAGACACGUGGCCUUUAAUGGGAUCUCCCAGUCCUAUGUUAUGUAUUGUUGGUAUAUAUUUGAUAUUCGUUCUAAAGGCUGGACCAAAAAUGAUGGAGAAAAGACCAGCAUUUCAAUUAAAUAACAUUUUGAUCAUAUAUAAUGCGUUUCAAGUACUUUUCAGUAUCUGGUUGACAUUUUUGGCGUGGGAGGUUGACUUCACACUAUUAUUCUCUUCUCAUGGAUGUAGUUACCAAAAUACUGUGUCAUCCGCUCCGGUAAAUCACAGCUUGCAGGCAAAGCUGUCACGAGGCGCGUGGUGGUAUUUUUUCGCAAAAAUAAUCGAACUUUUGGACACGGUAUUUUUUGUUUUGAGAAAGAAACAGAAUCAGGUGACGUUUCUUCACGUUUAUCAUCAUACUAUAACGGCCGUCUUCUCGUGGUGUUACUUGAAAUUGCUGCCUGGCGAACAAGGUGUUGUAGUCGGAUUGUUGAAUUCCAUAGUUCACAUUGUUAUGUACAGUUAUUAUUUGAUUGCGGCGCUCGGCUCCAAAUACAGAAAAUAUUUGUGGUGGAAGAAAUACAUGACCUGGAUUCAACUGAUCCAGUUCGGAAUAAUGUUGUGCUAUCUCUUAUUCACUCUAGUCAUAGACUGCCGAAUGCCGAAGGUUUUGACAUACUUUUUUGUAACACACGUAAUCAUAUUUAUUUAUUUGUUCAGUGAUUUUUAUCGAAAGGCGUAUAAAACAAAAACAGUCUAAUAAUACAACCAUUGUGUUAUACAACCAAUAUAAUCAAUGUUGAUUUCACAAAUUUGUGAUCUUUGUUUUACUAACAAGACCAUAAAGUGCAAAAAAAAAAACGGAACAUGAUGUCUGUCGCUUUAUAUGUAAUAUUGUACGUAUUUGUUGCAACACGCGAGAUACGGUAAUUAUUUUUGUGCUCACUUAUGUAACACUUAGAAGAAAUUGUUACAAAAAAGCUUAUGCAAAACUAAAAAAGCGGAACAUGAUGUCUGUCGCUCACACGCGGCAGUAAUCUUCUAUUUGUGAUUCAUCCGGUUAAAAAAAAAACAAAUUUGUAGUAAAUAAAUCAGAGAUUUCUGAUUUAUGUAAGUGAGCGUGAAAGUAAUUACCGUAUCGCGCGUUGCAACAAACACGUACAAUAUUAUGUAUAUAUAUGUAUAUAUAUACAUUCAUUAUAUUGUUUUAAAUUAAAUAAAUUAAUUAACAUCUGUUGAAGAGAUGAUUCCUUAACCUGGAGAAUUACGAAACAAUAAAAAAAAAAAUGGUAAAAAGAACAGGUGCGAGUCCCGAGGCAACAUUUGUUCCAAUUGCAAGUAGAACGCAAUUCGAAAAAAGAGCUUAAAAACAAACAAUUACAUUGAAUGUUAGUACUGACCUAACCGACUUUCGUCGAAACUUUAUAGGUCGAAUGCCUCCAUUUUUUGUUCACAAAGAAAGAAAACUUCUGAAUGGGCAGAGGCACUUCUGAUGAGAGGUAUGAUUUCUGUUAUGCUGCUGUCAGACAGCAGUGUGGUAUUUAUGUCAGAGAGUUUACAGUAUUAGUACACAUAUAUGCACAAAGUACCUACUUUUCGUCUCUCUAGGCUUUCGAAUUCUUUAUGUUUCUUAACAGGUACAGGUCAAAAAUAUUUGUGUAUGUUUUAGAUUGUUUUAAAGUUAAACAAAGCAAUCAAAAUAUCGUUAAUUGACUUUUUUCGGAAAAGUUUGAAUGCGAUCUAGCCCAAAACUUAAUGUGAGGCACGAAAAAAACCAUUAUAUUACGCAUCGUUUUACAUAUAAGUUGUAUAUAUGUAUGUUAUAAAUUAUAUAUAUAUAUAAUAUAGAAAUAUAUGAAUGGCAUCGGCGAUUCUAAAACUUACAAGAACUAACGUCAUUCAUUUUACGCUGAGAUGAGCAAAACGAAACAAUUGAAAAAUGAAUAAAAAUCACAAGUGUUUUUUUUUUUAAUGUUGCAGUAACCAUGUUUAUUCUACGUAACAAAUUACACAAUAUAUAUAAUACAAAAAUGCAGUCAGUAAUUAUAUGUAAAUAUAUGUAUAUAUAUAUUACGUUUUUUGCUAUUCGGGUUUUGUGAUCGCGAGAUAUUAUUUUUAAGCGCGAUCAAUCGUAAUCCCAGAAACUGCAACUCUUCGUGAACAAAAAUCAUCUGGAAGACUAUCUAACAAUAAGUUGGAGAAAUCUAACAACCCUCUAUUUACAUAAGUCCCAUAUAAUAUGUAUCUCCAAACAGUACGUAAACAAUAAAUCUUAAAACUUGAGCAUGUUUUUAUAUUGCUCUUGUUUCAAAAAACAAUAA